AUGGUCACCAUGCUGCUUGCGUUCAGCGCCCUUGCAGCCGCUGGCGCCGUUCGCGUCCAGAAUGCCGAUCUGGACCCCGUCAAGGAAACAUACGAGCCCAUGAACUGCUCUGGGAGGCAUUUGCUUCCAAGCAACUACACCGUGAAGCAGCUUUGGGAUUUUGGAGGAGAUAGCACGGCUACUUGGAGCUACUUCCGCUAUGAGAUCACCAAUAUGGAGCCGGAAAACUGCGAGAAGUAUGUCGGCUUCUUCCCAUUCUUCGAGAAGUUUCUACAUUGGACAAGGACUCCCUGGAACCUCCCACAACGAUACGAGUUCUUGGCACCUCGACUGUCCGGAGGGAAGUGCACGCUCUACGUCAAAGAUACUCGAACACCGAGGUACUGCGAUGUUAAGACGGGAGACCAACUUUGGAACGAUACGGUGCCGAUUGUGCAGGACAUGUGUAUGGAAGACAUGUGCACACAGGCCAAGUCAGGGCAGUGGCAUGAAUGGAGCACUCGGACAGUCUUGAAGUAUUUUGCCUUCAGCAAGAAGAAAGCCUGGCAACAAAGCAUGCCUGACAAGAGCAAGAGCAAGGGGUUUGAGGAUGUCUUCCACGAGUGUUGGCAAGGACCCUAUGGUGACAUGCUGGGCAGCUUUGACGAUUUCGUGGAUCGCUAUGGUAUCACGACCAGCUCUGGCACCUUCGACAAGAAGGUAUGCGGAUGUAAGACCGAGGACGACUGUCGCGGUUCGACAGGGGGCUACUUGUCCGCCGACUGGCGCCCGACGUGA